GCUGUGAAUGUCAAACGUAAAGUCACAUUAAUAAAUUGAUCUCUGUGUCAGCAAAUUCCGUAUUUUAUUCCAAUUUAUUGUUACAAACUGCAGUGGUUUGCAUAGAUGCCUAAGGUUAGUAAGGAUCCAUGCAAACUUUACGCUUGCCGUAUACAAAGUUGCUUGAGAGAAAACAACUACCAAGAAGACAGAUGUACUGAGGUCCUCGAGGAAAUGCGGAUUUGCUGUUUGAAGUGGCACAAGAAAUCGCUUUGCUGCAGCGGUAUUAAUUUGGAAGAACCUCGCCUAGAAAAGCCAAAGUCAAAAGGCACUCCCAAGUCGUCUAGCGGUAUAACAAAUAAUGCCAACAUCAUCAGUGCCACCAUAUAAGCCACCCAAAGAACUCCAGGAUUUGUUGGACAAGCGACAACAAACAUAUUUGCGCAAGCGGACUGCUGUACUGCCGAAACGCUCUUGGAUUCAGCGUAAUCCGCGGCUCUUUCAAAUUACGUUUUUAACCACAUCACUUUUGAUAUUUUUCUCAAAGCCGCUUUACGACGCCUUUGUGGCAGAUCCUUUAACCCUAAGGGGUCCACGUGUACCGCCACAUAAACGCUAAGGCAUGGAAUCCGUGCGCAAAGCCAAUACUCGACUUCGUAAUUAUCCAAUACUGCUCACGAGGUGCUCUGAAAAGGCAUCUUUGUAUGCAGCGUGUGUGUCUCGGGAUAUUAACGUGCAGCAAAAGAUUUGCGAGACCGAGUUUAAGGAGUUUUUAGACUGUAUACGUAAAACCGCUAAAGAAUUAAAGACAAAGCUGUAAGAACUUUAUGUCCAAUCCUA